AUGGGCCCCUGUACCGCCUCCCCAUGCUGCUGCCAGGCCCGUAAUCUGCCAUGGGCCCCUGUACCGACUCCUCAUGCUGCUGCCAGGCCCGUAAUCUGUCCAUGGGCCCCUGUACCCGCCUCCUCAUGCUGCUGCCAGGUCCAGAGUGUGUCAUGGGUCCCUGUACGGCCUCCCAUUGCUGCUGUCUCUAUCGCCACACUCUGCCAUGUGCCACUUUCAGGUCUCCUCACACUGCUGGUGGUUUCCAUUUUUGUCAUAGGGUUGCUGUAUAUGGCCUCCCAUUGCUGCUGCUGCCUCCACCGCCACACUGUGGGCUCCACACUCUGGUUUUGGCCCCGUGACUGCCCAAAUGAAGUGAAGUGUGCGGUGAUUCUAAGAUCGACAGGCACUCAUCUGCAUGUCAUAAACUGAACUGACAGUGAUUUAGUUCUCUUCCCCAGCAGACUCCAAGUUUCCAAAGGACAUUUAAAUAAAGGUACAGUGACUCUGCACUAAUAUUA